AAACACAAACACAAACACAACACCACGCUCUAUACAUACCUCGACUAGUCAAUCAAUCAAUCAAUCAAAUCAAAUCAAUCUCACUGAAUUCCAUUCAAAAGAAAAGAAAAGAAAGAAAUCCCACUUUUUUUUUUUCUUUUCUUUUGUUUAUCAAAAAAAGGAAAAAGGAAAAAAUGUCAUCUUCAUCUGCUUUUGCUCCGGACCACCACCUCCUCUCUCCUUCCGGGCAGCUCUGUUACGUCCAUUGCAAAUUUUGCGACACUGUCCUCGCCGUGGGAGUUCCUUGCACCAGCUUGUUCAAGACAGUGACGGUGCGAUGCGGCCAUUGUUCCAACCUUCUCUCCGUCAACAUGCGCGGCUCGCUCCUCCCUUCCCCCAAUCAUCUCGCCCACUCCCUUUUCUCUCCUCACAAUCUUCUGGAGGAGAUUCGCAACGCGCCGUCGAAUUUGGUGAUGAAUCCGAACGAUCCUUCUUUCUUACCUAGGGAGAUGGAUGAGCUUCCUAAGCCCCCAGCUGCUAAAAGACCCCCAGAGAAAAGACAGAGAGUGCCCUCUGCUUACAAUCGCUUCAUCAAAGAUGAGAUCCAACGCAUCAAAGCUGGAAACCCUGAUAUCAGUCACAGGGAGGCCUUCAGCGCAGCUGCAAAAAAUUGGGCCCACUUCCCACACAUCCACUUCGGCCUCAUGCCUGAUCAACCCGUGAAGAAGCCAAAUGUGUGCCAACAGGAAGGGGACGAAAUCCUGAUGAAAGAUGGGUUUCUUGCUUCUGCCAACAUCGGCGUGUCGCCCUACUAGCUAGCUAGCCCGGUUGCAGUCGAUCGUCGUCGUCGUCGUCGUCUUCCUUCCUCGUAGGUUAAUUAUAUGGUCUAUUUUAGGUUCUAUGAUUAGGGUUUUUCUGAUGGUGUUGUUAUGCCGUGUUAAGUUGGGAAAGACUGUUUGAACAUUUUCGGAUAGGUUUAUGAGCUUUUAAUUCAGGAUUUUGAUGUGCAUGGGGCUGCUUAAUUGUAGUUACUUCUAACUACAAAUCUCUUAAACCCAUCUGAAAAUGAAGCUUGCUUUGGUUUUUUCUA